CAUAUCCCUCUUAGAACUUGCACCUUACUAUCAACUAAAUCCCAACCAUCAGAUCACAAUCUAAUUUGGAUUUUGAUCUGAAAGGUUUUAGUUUUUGAGAUGGAGAAGAUACAAAGAUUGACAUCAGAUAAUGGAGUCGUGAUCUUCACCAAGAGCACGUGUUGCUUGUGCUAUGCCGUUACAAUCCUCUUCCAUGAACUGAGGGUGAACCCCGUAGUGUUUGAAAUAGACCAAGAUCCUGAGGGGAGGGAGAUGGAGAAGGCCUUACUUAAACAAGGGUGUAACUCACCUCCUGUGCCAGCUGUCUUCAUAGGUGGCAAGCUUGUCGGGUCAACCAACGAGGUCAUGACCCUCCACCUAAGCGGCUCCCUCAUUCCACUCCUGAAACCAUACCAGUCACUGUCUUAAAUGAUAUCAACUCUAACUGUGGUCGAAGCAAUUUAUCUCAAGAAAUAAGGUUGGCUCAAGACUCACGAGCAAUAGUAAUUUAUACAGUAGACUUGCUAUGUAGUGUGCGUUACACAUUAUUAUUAUUAUUAGUACUGUCCUCAUAGCUUACUUAGGUUAUAAAUUUAGGCCUAUUAUGAUCAUCAUUAGUGUUUAGACUAUGAAUGUAGCUUAUUAAAUCUGGUCAUAUGUGUUUGAUGAAAACACAUAUUGAUAUCGUUCAGAUGAAUGUGAUUAUUUAUAUUAAGUGUCA